CCAUAUUUUAUCAGAAGGUAUCUUCAUGUUUAUAUCACCAUUUUCUCGUUAGCUCAAGCAAAAAAAAAACUCUCGAUGCUCUCCAAAUUGCUCUCAUUGCGCCGUGCUGGCGGUAAGACGCUGCAAUUGCUAGCUUUACCCACUAGCAAAAAUGCGCGUCCGCGUCCCGUGAACGUCCCCACCAAAAAUGAGCGCGAGCAAGCGCGUCGUGCCGCUGUGGCGCUGUCCGCCGUGGCGCUCACAUCGUUAGCGGUGAGUUACUCGACGUCGGCGUCCUCAGAGGCGGCUAAGAAGAAAGAAAAUCAGAUCGACCAGCCCCACUACCUCUCAACCCCCGAGGAGUUUCUGUACCCGGCCAUCCAGCCGUUCAACACGGGAACACUCCAGGUCUCGCCUGUGCACGAACUGUACUACGAGGAGUGCGGAAACCCGUACGGCAAGCCCGUCAUCAUGGUACACGGUGGACCAGGUGCAGGCUGCUCGGCGAGCAUGAGACGCUACCACGACCCGCGGGUCUACCGCAUCAUCCUGCUUGACCAGCGCGGCUCGGGCCGCAGCAAACCUCACGCGUCCCUGGAGGACAACACGACGUGGCACUUGGUCGAAGACAUGGAGAAGCUGCGUCGCCACUUGGGCAUUGACAAGUGGCAAGUCUUUGGUGGUUCGUGGGGCAGCACACUGUCUAUUUCCUACGCUGUAACGCACCCGACGAGGGUCACAGAGCUCGUGCUGCGUGGCAUCUUCCACUUACGUAAGCUGGAGAUCGACUUUUACUAUCAACACGGCGCCAACUUCAUCUAUCCGGACCGCUGGGAAGCGUAUCGGGACGCUAUUCCCGAGGAAGAACGUGGCGAUUUUGUUAAGGCUUAUCACAAACGUCUGACGAGUGAUGACCCGAAGGUUCGCAUUCCUGCUGCGCUGGCGUGGACGACGUGGGAGAAAACCACUAGCAACUUGAUCCCUCCUGUAAGUUUUGCGUUGACUAUUGUGAUUUGUUAGAUAUCUGAUGUGAUAAUUGCUACUGUUGCACAGUCGGAUGCUGCGGAUAAGUCGAUGGACGAAGCGAAAUUUGCGGAGGCGUUCGCUCGUAUUGAGAACCAUUACUUUGUCAACAAGGGAUUCUUCCCCAAUGACGAGUUCCUGAACGAAAAUGCUUACAAGAUUCGCCACAUUCCGACGGUGAUCGUUCAGGGAAGGUAUGAGAACGUAGUUGUCAUGGUGCAUUGUAUAGCACGAGUAUGUAAUUUUGAUGUGACCCGUGUGACAGAUACGACGUUGUUUGCCCGAUGAAGACGGCUUGGGACUUUCACAAGGCCUUCCCCGAGGCUGAUUUCCGUGUGGUGCAGACUGCCGGCCACUCUGCUAUGGAGCCUGGCAUCGCCAAGGAGCUAGUUGACGCCACUAACAAGUUCAAGAACUCGUAGCGUUUCUAGCGCAUCGGGUAAUUCGCGUGCUGAUAAUCGUCUUUUCAAGAGCGCGUUGUUACGCUGACCAGGAUGAGACGGCACCUAAUCGGAUUUGGUACUAUUCAUUCGAUACAGCGUCAUGCAUGAGAGAGCAAGACAAUAAGCUAUGCUUUGCGGCCCUCAACAAUGUAAGCAGGUAAUGCGAGUAAUCCAGCAAUCAACACGAAUGUGCCGCAAAUGUCCUCAGCCAGGGGACCCACAUUCCCUGUUUCAUAUGGAGCUUCCGGCUAUCAGGAAGCAGCAGGCUCUUGUUGCGGCUCAUCAGUGCGUACCCUCUUGGUUGCAGCAUCCUCACCAUUGGGUCUACGCUUUGCAGUCGCCCCCGCCUUGCCCUUCUUGUAACCUCCAUGCUUGGCACAAAGACCUGAAGUGCCACGAGCACCUGUAUUGCAUCCUUCCACCGUGCAGCGAUAGCCACCUCCGUGAAACAGACACAUGCUACUGCUACCCUGUGCACCUUUCGGACAGUUCGGUGCGGCACAACGCUUGCCUCCUCCAUGCUUUUGACACAGUCCAGAUUUGCCACGGGCACCUUUUGUGCAUCCCGGUGUUGAACACGGUCGAAACACGUUCUUCGCCCGAGGUUUCUUCGCUCCUGGACGACGAGGCGUUCCUUCGCUACACCUUGCAACGUCUCCUUGCGGAGUGAUGAGUCCUGAGUGGAGUCCAGCAGCGCCGCUUGUUGGAGUGGUGAGAGAAAUGGAGCCAAGCGCAGAGGAAAAAGUCUGCAUGUUCUGGUUGACAGAUUGCGCUCCAGCACUAUCGAUGAAAAGACCGGAAUACGGGUUGCUGGCUUGGACUUCGGCCGCUGCUAGGACGGAGCCGAAUGAUCCGGGGACAACGGCAUUACCAGCAUAGCUCAUCGAUCCACCAACAGGAUUGUAUCCUCCUGGUGCGUUGAAGAACUGUCCAUCCAUCAGCCGGUUGUCCAACGUAGAUGAGCUGCGGGUUGGAAGGUAGUUUGUCAACGUGUCUGCGACCGAUUCCAGCGGCUGAAGUGGCUGGAUCUGGUAUCCGGACGAGACAGAAGCAGCGUCUGAAGUGGAAUCUGUGGCAUUGUCUUGCGACGACAUAGUGCUGUCCGUUGCUGUAAGAGCUGCUGUCGUGGCGUCAAGUGUAUGCUGUAUCGAUGAUAGCAGCAUUGCGUCGGACAGGGAGGCAGAUGAGCUCGUAUUCAUCGUAACUGAAGUCUGGCCACCCUCUGCACUGUUCGCUGUGAAUGACCUGCUGUUCAUCGAUGUAGCUGAUCUUUGAUCCCUAAUUGGGGACGUUGGAACCCGAGAAAUAGGCGGUGAAGGCCGAAAUACCUCGUGGUUCUGGAAAAGCUUCUCCGAUACUGGAAUCUCUGCAAACUCCGUUUGACGUGGCAUAGUCCCCAUAAACGCACUCGUUUUUCCUCGAAAUUGUUUCCCAGAGCUCGUAGAUGAUGACGAGUUUCCAGGAGGGGGCAGGAUUCCUCUAGGUCCAUUCAUCGCAUCCUUCUUGGACGCUCCAACAUUCGGCAGUCUCUCCGUCGGAUCCAACCGAAAGUUCCCCGGCAAGAGUUUAUCUUCUCCCAAAAAGAUGCUCAACGGGUUGAGCAUAGGUCGAUAAUUAGGAACAUUGUCCGUGACUCUAGGGAUGCAGAAUGGGUCGGACCGUAACACAAUAGCGGGCGAUUCCUCCUUCAAUUUGUCGUUCGUGAACAAAUAGUGCAUAUCGGCCACAUUCUUGGUAUUGUAGACUACCUCAGGGUCGGGCAUGUAAACGCCUGCACGCAUCUCCUCCACCACCUCUGGCG